CAUUAUAUCUUCAGUUUUGAACUGCGCUUGUACCGUGAACUUGAUUUUUACUCUCACUCGCCAUGGAACAAGUUCCCGUUUUGUGUCUUUUGUGCUUGUUAUUUUUAGCGACAGUAUUUACUCAAGAAACAUUUAAUACGAUGCCGCCGCCAAUAGUCACAAACUUCACUUGCCGUGGUCGAGAAAUGGGCUUUUACGCGGAUUUUGAAUUGAAUUGUCGAGUCUAUCACAACUGUGACGAUUACGGAAACAAAUUCACCUAUUACUGCCCGAUUGACACGGCAUUUCGCCAGGAAGCCAUGGUGUGCGAUCACGCGCACUUAGUAAAAUGUAAAAGAGUCGAAGAAAAUCCUUCAGAUAAUACAGGGCAAUCAAACUUUCAGCAGUCAGAAUUGGUCCCAUUCAAUGGAUUACAAAACUCCCAAAGAAGAAGUUCUAGCUUCUCUCGUUCUUUUCGUAUUGGCCAAGACAUCCCUUCAAAUUCUCUACAAAAUAAAAAUCCCAACUUUUUUCUCAGUUCCAGUUUAUUUUUCGGAAGUCAAAAUGACACUUUCAAAAAGCCCGCGAAUUUGCAAAUUAGGGAAUCUAAUUUUCCGGUAACAAAAUCUCCUCUUGAUAUUUUACGAUCAACAAUCAGCGCAGAUACCAAUUUUCCGACGACGAGAAUUCCAUUCUCAACAAUUCGACCAUCUUCUUCGAAAUCAUUCACCGUUAAGGACUCAUUUAAUCGUUUUUCAAUUCGAGAUUUCGAUUCAGAUUUUCUACAGCCACCACCUGUGAGAAAUGAUAAUCCUUUCAGUCAGCAGUUUUCAACAGCGAAACCUAAACCUGAAGGAAGAUUUAUCAAUUUUGAGACUCAAGAAAAUAAAUUUUCUACUCAAAAUAAGGAUACUAAAGAAGACAGACCUUCAACUUUUUUCCUAAAUCGAGAGGAAAUGCAAGUAUUUCCUAAAUCGAAAAGCCGACCAUACAUGUUUCUGGAACCACCUUUAAUCAAGAGUGGAAAGACAAGUUCGGUCGAUUUUACUACUAAAUCACCGUUCGAUUUCCGCAAUAUUAAUUAUCCUUACAUGGAAACUUUACGAUCUAUUCAAAGAGAUACAAGAACUGAUCAUCCUUUAACAACUACAACAAAGAGACCUGCAACCUCAAAAGCUACAACUAAAAGAAUAACAGAAUCUUCUUUUUCUCUUUUGAGAGCUUCUUUUAAACCUUUAGUGCCCAACGAAGUAGAGUAUGAUCCCUAUUAUCCUAAAUUUCCAACGUCGACGGAAAUUUAUUACACACCAAGGGAUCUCGGCAAAAAUAGUAAAUCAUCAAAAUUACCCACGAGGAAACUUUCACCAGAUUUGCACUUAAGGAUCCCAUCAGUGCUACCGGAUUUAAACAGUUUAGACGAUUUGGUAGAUCGCAGAAAGAUUUUUUAUAUCCCGAAAUCAAGGUCAGCUUGAAAAUGUAUACUGUAAUAAAUUUUAUUAAAAA